CCGGAAGAGACGUGGCAAGAGGGCGGCGGGUGCAGCCGCGAGGGCCUCGGGCAGCGAGUGGAACCUCAGCGGCCGCCCCGGGCACGGCCCUCCGGCCCAGCCAUGGGCCUGUGCAAGUGCCCCAAGCGGCGGGUCACCAACCUCUUCUGCUACGAGCACCGGGUCAACGUGUGCGAGCACUGCCUCAUCUCACGGCACUACAAGUGUGUCGUCAUGUCAUAUCUGCAGUGGCUUCAAGAUAGCGAUUACAAUUCCAACUGCAACUUGUGCAAUACCCCACUCACAGACGAAGACACCAUCCGGUUAGUUUGCUAUGACAUUUUCCACUGGUCCUGUCUGAACAAGAUGGCCGCCCAGCUGCCGAAGAACACCGCGCCGGCUGGCUACCAGUGCCCGAUGUGCAAGGGCCCCAUCUUCCCCCAGGCCAACACUGUCAGCCCCGUGGCUAACGUGCUGAAGGAGAGGCUGUCCACGGUGAACUGGGCUCGCGUAGGCCUUGGACUCCCACUGAUUGACGAGGUCCAGCCCCCUCACGACCAGGAGUCACUCGACAGUACGGACUACGCUGAUUGGUCGGUCCUUCCUGAUCCCAGCACAGAUGAGGCCUCCGGGCGGACCCAGCCUUACCCCUUGGGCGCGGCCUACUCUCCCCGGCAGGCUUACGGCACGGAGCUGAGCGACGGGGGAGCGAAGGAGGGCCCGGGCGUGGUCACUGUGAUGCCCGAAAACGAAUCCAUCACCCUGACAACCGGGAGCUCUCUGGCAUCCUCGCCCCGGAAGGUCUACGACACCAUGGCGCGGGAAGCGACCAGGUCCACGGAAACGCGCAUCGAUUUCGACGACGACAAAUACCGACGGCGCCCAGCUCUCAGCUGGUUUGCACGGUGGUUCAAGAAUGCCAGCGGAGCGAGGAAGCCGCCGCUCUCCCGGUUCCAGCGCUUUGCGGCGAUCCUGCUGAUCGGAAUCCUGGGCUUCCUCACGCUGCUCGUCGUCAUGUCCAAGCUCGGGAGAGCGUCUGUGGACAACGACCCCAACUGGGACCUAAUGCAGAACCCCCACGUGCAAGUGGGAGCCGAGUAGUGAGGGUGGGGAGGUGGGUGGGAGGGGGAGGGACUCCUGUCAUUCCACACCCACAUGGCUCCCCCCCCCACCUCCGUCCCGCUCCUUGGGAAUCUCUGGGUUGCUAAGUGAUAAGCGGUAUCGAAUCCAGGUCUGCGGGCGCCGUGUCUCGGGACCCCCCCCGCCCAUCUCCUGCGUUUGACCCCACUCAGGGGGUUCGAAAAUGCCACCCCUCCCUCCUGCGCCGGGUGGGUCUUCCAUUUCACUGACUCCAGCUUCCUUCCCUCCCUCCCUAGACGACCACCCGCACCACCUUACCCCCUCACUCUUGCCUCUCGGGGUAAGGUCCUGCGUAUGCGAUCGGGAACAUUGUCUCAAAACCCUCUCUCCCUGCCAGCGCCCACCCCCCCACAUCGCCAAAUACCUUUAAUUCUGGGAUCGCACUGUGCACCAGUUCGAUUCCCACUAGCACCCCACCCCCUCCACCUGUACAAACGUCUGGACACCUCCCUGGCUGCCACAGAGUUGACCCUCCCACCCCCACAGACUGACGCAGGGUAACGCUACCUCGGUGUAGUGACCACCCCCAAUUGAUGAAUAGCCAGAUUUUCCUUUGUUGGGGCGGGUAAAGACAGAUUCUCUCGCCAUGGGGGGGCGCGGACAGAGCAAUAAACUGACCAGAAGGACUUAGACCAUGGGGAGAGGCUUUAUUUCAUGGGGUGGGGCUGGGUUUUUUUAUUUUGGGACAGCAACAAUAAAGCGCUUUAUCGACGUGACAGAUGUCCCUUCCUGCGGCUGAAUGCCCGCAGCGAGGUGUGGCUGGCGCUGACGUGAAGAUCGUGCCCCUACCCCCUCCUGGGCUGGUGGGGGGAGUGGGUGAAGCAGACCGUGCGGGGUCGGCCGAGCCCACUUUGGUGCCACAGGAACGGGCCCUCCCCUACCCCACCCUCUCCGGUCCUCAGACGGGUUUCGGGACACCCCCUCAGUAGACCUCCUCCCGGAACAUGAUGAUUUCCAGCUCGAACCAGGUCCUUCCCAGGAAAACCCAGAAGUUCAGAACUGUCGGGGGUGGGGGAGGGGGGGAAGGAAAGGGCGAGCAGGGUUUGGGGGUGGGGAGGAUGGAAGGAGAGAGGUAAGGGGAGGGAUGGAGAGAGAGAGAGAGAGAAAGGGAGGCAGUGUUAGCUGCUUGAACAAAAGAGGGUUCGGGGGGGCGGGUUUGUGAGUCAGCUUCCCCUUACCCCCUGAGGGGGCACGACUGCAGCUUUGUCCCCUCCCUCCCUCCUUCCCCCACCUUCCCCAGUGAGGUCUCUGACACGGUUUCUCCUUUCCUAAUCCCACCCCCCCCCCCCCACACACUCUGUUUCUCCAUGAAGUGUCCGGUGGUUGGCCUGGAAUCCCUGUCCCUCUCCCGAUCCCAGUGGGGAGACCCUCCCGCACUACCGUCUCUGGUCUGGGGGGGGUGGGAGACCCUCCCGCAUUACCCUCUCGGAGGGGGGGGGGAGGUGAGGGGAGACCCUCCCGCAUUACCCUCUUGGAGGGGGGGGAGGGGGGAGAGACCCUCCCGCAUUACCAUCUCCGGUCUUGGGGGGAUGGGUGGUUGUCCGUUAACUUGGCGUGGCGUCUGGAUGGUAAGGGGGUGGGUUGGACAGCCCCUGCGGUCGGUUGACCUUUGACUUCGUGGGCACCCCUCCCCUGACCAUACCCUGGUGUUCGGAUGCCCGAGCCCCCCAACACCCCCCCCCAGUGUUUGCUGGGGGAGGAGGGGGAGGGGACAUGUCCCGCUUCUCCACCUGCUUCAGCCUCCUCACGCACUCGCGUUUCCUCCCCUCCCUCCCGCUGGCCUACCACCCCUCAGGCUUUCCCUCGAAGCUGGGGAGGGGGAGGGGGUUUGUGGAGGAGGAAGUGGGGCCCUCCCCCAGCGCUAAGGCUGCUCCCCCCCCCCCCCCCCCCCCCCAUCCACAUCCACGCCCACUCGCGCUGUCCCACCCACAUCCACUCGCGCUGUCUCACCCACACCCACUCGCGCUGCCCCACCCACACCCACUCGCGCUGCCCCACCCACACCCACUCGCGCUGCCCCACCCACACCCACUCGCGCUGCCCCACCCACACCCACUCGCGCUGUCUCACCCACCCACGCCCACUCGCGCUGCCCCACCCACACCCACUCGCGCUGUCUCACCCACCCACCCCCACUGGCGCUGUCCCUCCCACCCACCCCCACUCGCGCUGCCCCACCCACCCCCACUGGCGCUGUCCCUCCCACCCACCCCCACCCGCGCUGUCCCACCCUCCCUGGCACCGUCUACCAGGCUUACCAGCUGAGGUUAAUGCCAGCAGACAGAGGUGUUUGGCUCUGCUCUGCAUCGAGUAAAUGGCCCCCAGGAUCGCCCAGUAAAAACUGACCACGUGCGACAUCUGUGUGGGGGGGGGGGUGGGGAGGAGACAGAAGCGGGUUAAAGACCUCUGUACGACGUCUGGGUGGGAUUCCCUCCCCCCCGCCCCCGAGAAUCCCCAGGAGUCCUCUGGCACAGCGCAUGGCCCUGACACCAUGCCCCCAGGGGGAAACUCCCACCUUAUGUUGGGGAGGGAGGGGGUUGAUGGGAGAGAAUCCCGGUCCGAGAGUUCACCUCGGUCAGCCUCUGUCACGUCAGCACACAGGCCUCCCUCACCCCCUCAUCAUCACUCCCCCACCUUGCAAAUGCCUGAAGGAGUAGGGAUGUUCCCACUGUGCAAGACCCCCACUCCCCCCUCCUCCCUUUCCGACACUAAAUCCGACUGGAACCUGACACACCCACUCUGUCUCCAAAUUCACUGCCAGGCUGGUGACACGGCCUGGAAAAGUCUGAUUGAUAAAGGUUUAUCGAGGAUAUAUUAUACGCAUAUAUCACACGAGUUUUUCUUUUGGCCUUUUCAGGAUUUAUUUUUUGGCGCGUUUCUUCUGAAUCUUUGUAUUUAUGGAUCUCUUAAUAAAACAAAAACCUGUUCCAUU